AUGGACCGGCGCCACGAUCUGCCCCGCCUGGGCUCCCUGUGGCGCCAGCGCAGCGGCAAUUCAUCGGCCGAAGUGGAGGAGGGGGCGGGCGGCCGGGAGACCCCCGUGGCGCGCACGCUCUCCAAGCUGGGCUCGCAGUGCAUGCAGGCACUGCCCAGGAUGCGCAGCGGCACCUACGCCCGCGUGGCGGGCGACACCGAGGCCGUGCCCCUAAUGGAGAUCCCGGAUUCCCGCAAGUCGGCGGGGGGGGAUGCGAUCUCGCCACGGCCGCGCACGGAGCCCCUGCGUCACGCGACGCCCUCAGGGCGCGUCCGUCCCGCGGCCGGCGGCCCGGCGGGCGGGGGCCAGUCGGGGAAGGGGCAAGGGGCCGGAUCCGGCAAGCCGGGCAGCAGGAUCGCCAAGUUUCGCAACCACUACCUGCGUCUGGCGGACCUGGAGGAGAUUUCUGAGGAGCAGACGGGCAACAGGCGGGAGAGCGGGCGCGGGGCGCCGACGUGCUCGACCGUGAAGCACAUGCUUGCGGCUGCCGGCCGCAACGCGACCCAGGGCGGCGGCCCGAACUCGAGGGCCCCCGGCCAACCUGGCGCCGGUCCGCCGCCCAGCUACUUCUGCCGCGUGCUGGAGCAGGAGCUGAAGCGCGUGCUGCUGUUCGCGGAGUCCUUCGCGGAGGAGCUGUGGGUGCGCCUGGGCGCGCUCUUCGAGGCCAUGGAGGCCCUGGCCGCGGACGUGAAGAGCAACCCGGACACCGCCAUCCCGACGGGCAGGGUUCAGGAGCUGUCAAAGCACGGGGACUUGAUAGGUGUGUGA